UCAUUCGAUACAGGAACUAGUUGCGAGCUGACGACUUGUCAGUUUUUGUUAUCGUAUGCUUGGUUGGUGUGGCUUCCUCGGACGAACACUUCCACCAGUGCGACAAUGGCAGCAGCCGUUGCCGUGACCGCAGCGUCUACAGAAUCUGAACUGGACCGAAGUGGAACUGAAGAGGAGCCACGGGGCAAUGACACUGAGGAGGAUGGUCCGCAACAAACCGGGCCCGCUAGCGUCCCUCACAGUCGGCUUUCCAAAUUACCUCUGUCUCGUAUCAAAGCUUUGAUGAAAGCUGAUCCGGAUGUGAGCUUGGCAAGUCAGGAGUCUGUAUUUAUAAUAGCCAAAGCAACGGAGUUAUUUGUGGAAAUGAUAGCCAAGGACGCCCUUGGUUAUGCACAGCAAGGGAAAAGGAAAACGUUACAGAGGAAAGAUCUAGACAAUGCUAUUGAGGCUAUUGACGAGUUUGCAUUUCUUGAGGGUACCUUGGACUAACUGGCAACUGCUGGCUUCAAAUGGGGACUAAUUCGUUUCUUGGGGAAAAGAUGACUGUUUUUACGUCUCUGUGGCUGGAGAAGCCAGUGUACAAAAUGGCAUUUUUUGCUCAUUUUUGUAUUGUGAACAUGUACAGCUUGAAAUAUAUUGACAAAGCGAUAUGGCAGGUUUGUGUGAAGUGCCGAUUUUACUUGUGAAUACUAUUAAUUUCUGGAAAUGUUUAAUUAAAUUCUAAUUUCUGUA